UUUUUCUCUUAUGAGAGAGAAUUACCUACUGAGAACCAAAAUACCUUGUGGAAAAGCGUGACAUUGUCCAUUAAUCCAGAAGCCAUUCUAGAAUUAAAUCUGCCAUGGAGCAAUGCAUAAGGUUCUGCUAUUUCCGAUCGCAAUGUGGCUGCGGCUACUCGUCUUAUAUUGGAGUUUGGCAUGGGGAGAAGUCGCUGGCGCCGUUGUGGAGCCGGUGCGCUACAAUCUGACGAUCCUUACGCAUCUAGCAGGUGGGGGUGCUCGGCACAGAUACGAGGGCAUCGUAUCCAUCGAUUUGGCAGUGAAAAAAGCCACCCGAAAAUUCCACUUAAGCGCAUUCGACAUGAAGUUGUUCCUGCACAAAACUUGGUUGGUGCGAUGGGCCAGUGGCAAGCGGAUCAAUGUGAUCGCGAUGAAGAGAAAAGCAAUAAGUAAUAGUGAAGUAUUGCUAAAAGUGAAGGACAAUCUCAAUGCCGGCGAGACAUACACACUGCACAUGUUUUUCGCCGGCGAACUAAAGAGUUCGCAGCGCAACGGUUACUUUUCCGGUCACUAUGACCGAACGCCACAGGUGUUCUACGCCUUGACGCGCUUGGAGCCGGAUUACGCCCACACCGUGUUUCCCUGCUUCGAUCUUGCCGAGUUCAGGACCCCCUUUAACGUAACCCUUGUGCACCACGAGAAAUUCGUUGCGCUCAGCAAUAUGCCCGCCAUCAGGGAGACACCACACUCUGAGAUGGCGGACUUUGUGUGGACCACGUUCAUGCAGUCACCGCCGAUGGCCACCUACCAGGUGAUGUGGGCACUGCACCAGCUGGAAAAAGUGGCCACUGGCCACACGGCCUCGGGGGAAAAGGUCAACGUCUGGGCGAGACCGCAAAUGAAGGAGAAGCUUGCCCAGGUGGCAAACAUGACGCCGAGUCUGCUCAGCAGCUUUGAGUCCCUGUUCGGCUAUCCAUUGCGAAGGGAUCCGGAUUGGGGUGGCAAGUUGGAUCAUUUGGUACUGCCGGACUAUACGGAAGUGGACAGCGGCAAGGGUCUGCUCGUUUACGGAGAGGAUGAGGUGGUGGACUCACGCCUACAGGAUAUGCUGGCAGAGCAGUUGGCGCGCCAGUGGCUUGGAGUUAUGGUGGCCACCUCCGACCUGGAUAGAUCAUAUGUACGCGACGGCAUCAACUACUAUUUGGCAAUUCAGUUGGCUGCGAUGCGGAACAACACGGGGCAUAAUAUGACCCGCCUACUGGAAAGCCGUCUAGGGAUCAUGUUCUACGACUCGCUGCCCGAAACGAAGGCCCUUUCGAAGUCACAGUCACCCAGCAACAAGAUGUUUCGCAAACACAAGAUUGUUCUGAUCACGCACAUGCUUAAAACGGCUUUCGGCGACAAGAUUUUCUUCGGAGGAUUGCGAGGGUUCUUCGAGUCGUAUGCCAACACUUCAGCUUCAGUCGACCAGCUGCUGGAGGAGUGGCAGCGAGCAGCCCGCCGACGCUACCAGCUGCCCGUUGCAGUGGUUCUGAGCACACUAAUGGACACGUGGCUCACGCAACCAGGAUACCCAAUGCUCACCGUCCGGCGCGACGACCUCAACGACAAGGUGACCAUCACGCAGAACCGCUAUCAACAGAACGAUAUGGAUGUGAAUGCCAAGGAAUGCUGGUGGCUGCCGGUCAUGUACAUCACCGCGUCCCAAAAACUGGCCCAGGUGGAGUGGAUGGGUUGCCAAAACAAGAAGAAAGAUGAACUAACGCUCACCAAAGUCGUUAAUGCAAGUGAAUGGCUGCUGCUGAAUGUCGAUGCUGCAGUGCCUGUUCGAGUUCUCUACGAUCUUCAAGGCUGGCGACUGAUUGCCGACGCACUGUCCACCCAGUUCACCCAGAUUCCGGAGCUCAGCCGUGUCCAGCUGGUGGAUGAUGCCCUCGGAAUGGCGUGGGUGGGUCAAAUGCACUAUAACAUCACCGUAAAUGUGAUCAAGUAUCUGGCAAAUGAGACCAGCGUUCUGGUUUGGGAGCAGGCACUUAUCCAUCUGGAGAAGCUGCAGAGCGUCAUGCAAAUGAGUACGGGUUAUAGGGUCUUUAAGCUUUUCAUGCACAAACUCAUUGAGCCAACUUUUAAUGUAACAUUGCAAUUGCUUAAAACUAAUCCAAAAUCCAAAGAGAGUCAAGAAAAGAAGGCAUGGGGUAAAUCCUUGCCGGCGAUAAUGUACCGCCUGGCCUGCCAGUACGAAGUCAAAGAAUGUUUGGCGGACGCUCAAGAGAAAUUCAAGGCGGCAAUGGGCCAGAAAUCCGUAUCAUCCAUUCCGGAGGGAGUUCAAGAAAUGGUGCUCUGCAAAGGCAUCCACCAUGGCGUCGAGGACGAUUGGCUAAUGGUGCGGAACAUGUUCUUUGAGGCCAAGGAGGAUGAUGAGGAGAAGGCCAUCCUGCUUAACUCGCUGAGCUGCACCACCGAAUAUUGGGCGAUGCAGAAGCUGUUCCGUUGGUCCCUCGACCGCAAAAAGGUUCCAAAAGCGCUGACCCUUGGCCUCUUGGCUGCCCUGAUGCGCACCUACCUGGGCUACUACAUGGGUCAUCAGUUCCUCACCGAUAACAUAGGGCAAAUCCUGAGUCGCUUCUCCACCAACGAGCUUCAGUUCAUUCUGAAGCCAUUCGUCAAUGCAGUGACCACCAAGGAAGAACUUGCAACGCUAAAAAGCUUUUUGCAAACGAAACUGCCCUCUUCGAUGACCUCCAGUAUAAAUUCCAUGCUGGAUCCUGCAACUAAGACGCUCAUAUGGCGGAAGUUCCUGUAUUUCGAUCUCCUAAACGCUAUUCGGAAUAAUGUAAAAUAGUUGUAUACGAAGUGUUUGAAAUUGGCAAAAAGCAACGACUUAAUACGCAAGUUAUUAGGAUAUACAUUGAUAUACGACAACGUCUUUAUGUAUAUUCUUGAGAAAUGUUUAUCGAGGAGAACCGUCUUCUAUAGUCUUAUCCUAUUCGAUACUUUCAAAUAUAAUAUUCGAAACAUAAAAA